AUGGGCAUUAACAGGGAUGCUUGUUGUACUUCUUCCUCUGCCUACUAUCGCCAGCUGAACGUCCCGGAGAAACUGGAUUACUUUGUCAACAAAUAUGCUGAGCAUUCCCAUGAGAAGUGGUCCAUGGACAAGGAUAAAGAGGUGUACCGCUGGCCUAUUAAAGAGUCUCUGAAGACGAUGGUGGUGUGGUGCUGGAACAUAGAGAGAACCAGGGAAGGAGACCCAGCCGGCCUACACAACAGAGCACGGAGGAUCUCUCAGAUCAGCCAGCACUCUGUUGAAGGAGCUCCAGGUUUCAGCCCCAGACCCAUCGACAUGAGCAACGUGACGCUGUCCAGGGACCUGCACUCUAUGGCAGAACUGCUUGCAGAGAACUAUCAUAAUAUUUGGGCUAAGAAGAAGAAACUUGAACUAGAAGCCAAAGGAGGGGGGAACCAUCCCUUAUUGGUGCCCUAUGACACGCUCACUGCCAGAGAGAAACACAAAGACAGAGAAAAAGCCCAAGACAUCCUCAAGUUCUUUCAGAUAAAUGGCUACACUGUGUCCAGGACCAUGAAAGAGCAGGAGCUGGAGACCCCCUCCAUAGAGAAGCGUUUUGCCUACACCUUUCUGCAGCAGCUCAUCACUUAUGUAGACGAGGCCCACGAACACAUGCUGGAGUCUGAAGACGUUGGGACACCACCAAAAGGAGAGACCGUUCCUCAUGAGCAGCAGAUGAAGUUCUUUGGAAAGGUGGUCCUGCCAUUGGUCGACCAGUACUUCAAGAAUCACCGCCUCUACUUCCUGUCCACAGCCAUCCGACCAAUCAGCAGCGGGGGCCACGCCUCCAAUAAGGAGAAGGAGAUGGUGACAAGUCUGUUCUGCAAACUGGGAGUUCUUGUCAGACAUAGGAUAUCAUUGUUUGGAAACCAUGCUACCUCCAUAGUCAACUGUCUUCACAUACUGGGCCAGACACUGGACGCCAGGACGGUGAUGAAGACGGGUCUGGAGACGGUGAAGGCCGCGUUGAGGGCGUUCUUUGACAACGCGGCAGAGGACUUGGAGAAGACCUUAGAGAAUCUGAAACAGGGCCAGUUCACUCACAGCCAGUCCCAGCCCAAAGGAGUAACCCAGAUCAUCAACUACACCAGCGUGGCCCUGCUCCCCGUCCUGUCUUCUCUGUUCCAGCACAUCGGACAGAACCUCUUCGGGGAAGACCUCAUAUUGGAUGAUGUCCAGGUGUCGUGCUAUAGGAUACUCAACAGCCUGUAUGGUCUUGGCACCAACAACAGCAUCUAUGUAGAAAGGCAGCGUCCAGCCCUAGGUGAAUGUCUUGCAGCGUUCUCGGGGGCGUUCCCUGUGGCCUUCCUGGAACCUGAGCUCAACAAGUUCAACAACUACUCCAUCUACAUCACCAAGGGCUCCCGUGACAGAACAGCUCUAGGCCUGCCCUCCCAGGUAGGAGAGGUGUGUCCAGUCAUCCCAUCCCUGGAGAAGUCUCUAGAGGAGAUCAUGGAUCUGGCUGAGUCCGGCCUGCACUACACACAGAUGCCUCACGUUAUGGAGGUGGUGCUGCCCAUGCUAUGCAGCUACAUGUCUCACUGGUGGGAGCACGGCCCAGAGAACAACCCUCCAGAGACGGCAGACAGCUGCUGCACUCACCUCACCUCAGACCACAUGAAUACUCUACUGGGCAACAUCCUGAAGAUCAUCUACAAUAACCUGGGGAUUGAUGAGGGGGCCUGGAUGAAACGACUCGCAG